GUUCAAUGUAUGACUUGACUGCUGAACGGAUGAACUGUACGAGUUGCCGUAGCACUCCUCCUGACUGCUGGAAAGAUGGCGGCAGCGCACACCCGGGCGAGCCCCAAUUCUGCAGGCGAAAAAAAAUCUUAACAGAAAGACACCUUUCGCCCAGCUUUUGCAAAAGGAAAACGUGCAAACAACUAUUAAACUUGCAUGGUCAUGGGUGGUCCCAUGCACCACUAGAACCGAGCAUUCCCCGACCUGCUAUGGAGCCUCCGGAUAAUAGCGAACCUAGCAGGCAGGUCAAUCCCUCAAAAGAUGGUUCGGCGCAUCAGAGCUGCGAGGUGGAAGACUUUUGGUACGAGCCCAGCGAGGAAGAGGAAGCUCUGUACGGCACAUCACCCCCCUACACCUCCCGGCAGAUGAAACGCAUGUCGGGAAAACACCAGAAGAACAGCCAGGCCAGGUCGGCUGGACGCUCCCCCGUUGGACACUCUCCUAACAAGAUAGACAAUCAGCCAACCCCCUCCAGUCCAUCCCAGCCCCAGAGAGAGAGUGAGCCUAACCCCUACAGGCCGAUAGAGGGGGCUGAGCGAGACCGAGAGAAGGACCCCCCAGAGGCUGAGCAACAUAACUACAAGUUGGGUAAGAAACAGACCGACCCUUCUGAGGGAAUCCAAAUAAACGUAAACAAAGCAACCGAGGAGCACCAACACAACUAUAAGCAGGGUAAAAGACAACGCGCAACCCUGCGUUCCAGCGAGGGAGACCACAAGAAGACCUUUGAAGGUUCCUUCAUGCUGGACCCGCUCUCCAAGACCUCCAGCCCCUUCGGUGGAGGCUCAGCCCUGAACAUGGACCCCAGGAAACCCUACCUAUCGCUGGGGUGCGGCAGCGGCAAGCUCCCUGUCACUAUACCCCACCCCAUGGCCCACCGCACCCACCGCCAGACCUCAAGGACAGACUGCCCUGCAGAUAGACUCAAGUUCUUUGAGACGCUGAGGUUGUUAUUGAAGCUGACUUCCAUGUCGUCCAAGAAGAAGGAGAAGGAGCAGCGAGGUCUGGAGAACUCAGCCUUCAUGGGCCAGAACAACGAGGUGGUGUGGCUGGAGCUCCAGGCGUGGCACGCGAGACGCUCUGUCAACGACCAGGAUCUGUUCCUGUUCACGGCUCGACAAGCAAUCCCAGACAUCAUCAACAAGGUGCUCCACUUUAAGGUGAAUUACCACAGCCUGAGCCCCAGCACCGUGGGCCUGGGACAACUGACCCUGGGGGUGUGUGUAGGACAACCAGGUAUGGUUGGAUCAGGGGCAUCUCCUGGCCAGGGAGCCCAGAGGACACUAGUGUUAACAGAGCCUUGCUGUGGAGGCCCAGACCAGGGUCCCAAACAGAGGUCUCCAACCCAGGCCUCAGAGACUGUUUCUGGGGAGGGGAGGGAUUUUAACCAGCCUGCUGCUGUUGGAGCCCCAGAGACGAACCAAAAUCACUUUGCUUCAGUUGACCCAUGGGGCUUCAGCGCCUGCCCUUCCUCGGCAGUAGACGCAGCAGCGCCCCUGGGCUUCGGGGCGGGGUGCAGGGAGCACCUCCAGCGCCAGCGGCUGGCCUUCGAACAGGUUAAGCGGGUGAUGGAGCUGCUGGAGUCGGUGGAGGCUUUGUACCCGUCCCUGCAGACCCUCCAGAAGGACUAUGAGAAGUACGCAGCCAGGGACUUCCAGGGCAGGGUGCAGGCACUCUGUCUCUGGCUCAACAUCACACAGGAUCUGAACCAGAAACUUUGUGUUAUGGCGACUGUCCUCGGCCUCAGGGACCUUUCCCGUAUCGGCUGGCCCGUCUUCGAGAUCCCCUCGCCACGCUGUUCCCGUGGCAACGACGAGGAAGACGAGGAUGAAGAAGACGAGGAGAAUGACUCCACGGCAACCUUCACUGCCGGUGACAGCGACGGAGAGGACAGGGACUUAGUGGGGGAGGAGGGGGAAACUGGUGAGCCCAGAGGGGGUGAAACGACAACUGAGCCGGGAGAAGAUGAACUCUCCCCCUGUUUGACUCCUAAAUUUGCCCAGUUACUACUAUCUGAGGAUGGGACAGGGACUAUGGAGGUGGUAUCGGGGGGCACAGGGACAGGAGGGAUGAACUGCCCUACAGCCAUCUUCAGACCCUUUGUAGAUAAGGCCUUGAAACAGAUGGGGCUGAGGAAACUGAUCCUGAGACUACACAAGCUGAUGGACCCCUCCCUCCAGAGGUCCCGGGCAGCCCUGCUCAGCCACACGCCUGCACAGGAGUUCACGGACUUCCCAGACCCCAUGCUGUACAGUGACUACCUACCGGAGCUGUCCCGCCACCUGUCCUCCUGCAGCACUCCCGGGGGCCCGGAGCUGGGGGCGGACCAAGUUUCCUGGGAGGAGCUGUUGGACAUGGACCUGCCCUCAUUCCGACCUGCCUUCCUGGUCCUGUGCCGCGUCCUGCUGAACGUGAUACACGAGUGCCUUAAGCUGAGACUGGAACAGAGGCCUGCAGGGGAGCCAUCACUGCUCAGCAUCAAACAGUUGGUGCGUGAAUGUAAGGAGGUGUUGAAAGGUGGUCUCCUGAUGAAGCAGUAUUACCAGUACAUGCUGAGGGGGGUGGUAACAGACCCCCAGGGACUCCAGACCAAUGCCAACAUAGACGAAUUUGAGGAGGACCUCCACAAAAUGCUGGUGGUGUACUUUGACUACAUGCACAGCUGGAUCCAGAUGCUGCAACAGCUUCCCCAGGCCUCACACAGCCUGAAGAACCUUCUAGAGGAGGAGUGGAACUUCUCUAAGGUCAUCACUCCCUACAUCAGACGAGGGGAGGCUCAGUCUGGGAAACUCUUCUGUGACAUUGCUGGGAUGCUGCUCAAGUCCACAGGGGACUUCCUGGACACGGGCCUGCAGAAGAGUGGUGAUGAAUUCUGGGAAAGUGCCGACGACAGUACAGUCUCAGAUGAGAUCCGCCGGUCGGUAAUUGAGACGAGCCGGUCACUUAAGGAGCUGUUCCACGAGGCUAGAGAGAGGGCAUCCAAAGCUCUGGGAUUUGCCAAAAUGCUCCGUAAGGACCUGGAGAUUGCUGCUGAUUUCAGCAUUACCAGUGGGGUGCCAUGCCUCCUGGAGGCCCUCAAGGAGAGAAAUUAUGUCAAGGUCCAGAUCCCAGGGCUGGAGGAGCUGGAGGUGUUUGUCCCAUGUGCCCUGAUGCACCAGCGUGACCUCAUCCUGCAGCUUCUAAACGCAGCAGCUGGUAAGGACUGCAGUAAGGAGCCCGACGAGAUGAUGGCAGAGGACGAGGCCUACCUGCUGAUGAGCAAGCAUGGAGCAGGGGACCCGCCUGGGGGGGCAGGCCAGGCCGGGGUUCAGUGGCACUGGGAUGGGAAGCUGGUCAAACUGGUGCCUCAGAUGGAGACUGUGGACACGCUACGGGCCAUGAAGGUGGAGAACCUGCUCCUGAUAGUGAUGCAGUCAGCCCACCUUGUGGCCCAGCGUAAGGCCUUCCAGCAAAGUAUGGACGAGCUGCUCACCCUAAGCAAGGAGCAAACCUCCAGCCAGCCCCUCAUCGCCCGCUCCCUGGAGCAACUCAAGAACGAAGCCUUACAGCUCUGUAGAAAGAUCAACACGGCCAUUGACCGGGUGGAGUUCAUGUUCACGUCAGAGUUUGAGGCCGAGGUGGAGGAAUCUGAAUCAGCCACGCUGCAGCAGUACUACAGAGAGGCCAUGAUCCAGGGAUACAACUUCGCCUUCGAGUACCAUAAGGAGGUGGUGCGUCUGAUGUCGGGGGAGUUCCGUCAGCGGAUUGGGGAAUGCUAUAUCGCCUUCGCCAGGAAGUGGAUGAAUUACGUCCUCACCAAGUGUGAAAGUGGCCGGGGAACCAGACCCCGCUGGGCCACUCAAGGCUUUGAUUUCCUCCAAGCCAUUGAACCUGCCUUCAUCUCUGCUUUACCAGAGGACGACUUCCUGAAUUUGCAAGCUCUGAUGAAUGAGUGCAUUGGUCAUGUGAUCGGGAAGCCUCACAGCCCAGUCAGUGGCUUGUACCUAGCCCCCAGGAACAGUCCUCGACCAGUGAAGGUCCCUCGUUGCCAUAGCGACCCCCCCAACCCCCACCUGUUCAUCCCCAAUGCAGAGGGCUUCAGCUCUAGGAGUCUCCCCUGCGACCUACGGACCCAGCUGUGUACCUACCGGCCCCCGCCCAGUCCCCGCCCCUCAGGCCCCAGGCCCUGCCCCGGGGAACACUGCCCAUCCAAAGCACCUGGGUCCACCCCCAAUGAUGUCAGAGGGGCCAACCUCCACGAGAACGACAGGCUGUCGUCUGUAGCGGCCGAGCUGCAGUUCAAGUCUCUGAGCCGACACUCCAGUCCCACUGAUGACAGGGAAGAACCCUCCUAUCCUAAGGGAGGAGACCCUAGCAGCACGGCCAGGAGAAGCUGGGAGCUCCGCACCUUCAUCAGUCAAUCAAAAGACACGGCAGCCAGGCAGAGCCCCAUGGAAGCUGUACGUCGCUCCAUAUGCUCCUUCGAGGACAACCGAUACGCGGUCAUGAAGCAGAGGAACAUCAUUGGCCAGGUGUGCCACACCCCCAAGUCUUACGACAACGUCAUAAACGUCGGCCUCCGCAAGGUCACCUUCAAGUGGCAGAGGGGCAACAAGAUAGGCGAGGGCCAGUAUGGCAAGGUGUACACCUGCAUCAAUGUGGAUACUGGAGAACUGAUGGCUAUGAAGGAGAUCCGGUUCCAGCCGAAUGACCAUAAGACAAUAAAGGAGACGGCAGAUGAGUUGAAGAUAUUUGAGGGCAUCAAACACCCCAACCUGGUCCGCUACUUUGGUGUUGAGCUGCAUCGGGAGGAGAUGUACAUCUUCAUGGAGUACUGUGAUGAAGGGACCCUGGAGGAGGUGUCCAGGCUUGGUCUACAGGAACACGUCAUCAGGCUGUACAGCAAACAGACCACCACGGCCAUCAACGUGCUCCACGAACACGGCAUUGUGCACCGAGACAUCAAGGGAGCCAACAUCUUCCUGACGUCGUCCGGCCUGAUCAAGCUGGGGGACUUUGGCUGCUCUGUGAAGCUGAACAACGCACAGACCAUGCCCGGAGAGGUUAACAGCACCAUGGGCACGGCAGCAUAUAUGGCACCUGAGGUCAUUACCAGGGCAAAGGGCGAAGGCCACGGACGAGCAGCUGACAUCUGGAGUCUGGGAUGUGUCCUCAUAGAGAUGGUGACUGGAAAAAGGCCGUGGCACGAGUACGAGCACAACUUUCAGAUCAUGUACAAGGUGGGUAUGGGCCACAAGCCCCCCAUCCCAGAGAAGCUGUCCACAGAGGGGAAGGAUUUCCUGGGUCACUGUCUGGAGAGCGAGCCCAAACAACGCUGGACUGCCAGUACACUGCUAGACCACCCAUUCGUCAAGGUUUGCACAGAUGAAGAGUGAGGGGGAACGGAACCUGUGGCUGUCACGUUUACAAACUAGCACUACUGUACAUGAUGUUGGCCAGAGACUGGACACAUAGAGGGGCUUUGGACACAAGAAGAGGGGCUUGUGAACAUAGGAAAUGAAAACUGCAGUGCAGGCACAUGGAGCUAAACUGAGGAACUCUUAUGACCUCAUUUCACCUGGGUCGUGUUUUAGUUGUCUUUGAAAUUGUUUUGGCCUAAUGAACAUGACCCUGUAGUCGGGUGACAGGUCUUGCAUUUUCUGGAAGGGGAUAGCGGGGAAUGCAUUGCAUUGUACAUACUAUAAUAAUAGGAUUGGAUCCUUCCUUGUAUAAACAAUAUUGUAAAGCUUGAAUAAUAAAUAUAGCCACAUCUUGUUGUUCUCUCACUGGUGAAGACAUUUUAAAGAAAUGGGGGGAAAUAAAGCUGUCACUUUUUUUUCUGUUCCCCUUUCAGUGAGUAUGAGUAGGGGACAAAUUCAGAUAUUUGGGUCUCG